UUUCCUCCAGUAAGUGCAUACUCGCUAGUGGUCUGUGCAAGCAGCAGGGUUUAAUGGCAGAGCUAUUUUCUCUCCAAACUGUUCAAAAUGAUGAACGAAGAUGCAGCUCAGAAAAGCGACAGUGGAGAGAAGUUCAACGGCAGUAGUCAGAGAAGGAAAAAACCCAAAAAGUCUGACAGCAAUGCGAGCUUUCUCCGUGCUGCCAGAGCAGGCAACCUGGACAAAGUAGUGGAAUAUCUGAAGGGGGGCAUAGACAUCAAUACGUGCAAUCAGAAUGGACUCAAUGCUCUCCACCUGGCUGCCAAGGAGGGCCACGUGGGCCUGGUUCAGGAGCUACUGGGAAGAGGGUCCUCUGUGGAUUCUGCCACUAAGAAGGGAAACACUGCUCUUCACAUUGCAUCUUUGGCAGGACAAGCAGAAGUUGUCAAAGUUCUUGUUAAGGAAGGAGCCAAUAUUAAUGCCCAGUCUCAGGAUGGGUUGACACCCCUUCACUGUGCUGCAAGAAGUGGGCAUGACCAAGUGGUAGAGCUUCUGCUGGAACGGGGUGCUCCCUUGCUGGCAAGGACUAAGAAUGGGCUGUCUCCACUUCAUAUGGCUGCACAGGGGGACCACGUGGAAUGUGUGAAGCACCUGUUACAGCACAAGGCGCCUGUUGAUGAUGUCACCCUAGAUUACCUGACAGCCCUCCACGUUGCUGCACACUGUGGCCACUACCGUGUGACCAAACUCCUUCUGGACAAGAGAGCCAAUCCAAACGCCAGAGCCCUGAAUGGUUUUACUCCACUGCACAUUGCCUGCAAGAAAAACCGCAUCAAAGUCAUGGAACUGCUGGUGAAAUAUGGGGCUUCAAUCCAAGCUAUCACAGAGUCUGGCCUCACACCAAUACAUGUGGCUGCCUUCAUGGGCCACUUGAACAUUGUCCUCCUUCUGCUGCAGAACGGAGCCUCUCCAGAUGUCACUAACAUUCGUGGGGAGACUGCAUUGCACAUGGCAGCCCGGGCAGGGCAGGUCGAAGUGGUCCGAUGCCUACUGAGAAAUGGUGCCCUUGUCGACGCCAGAGCCAGGGAGGAACAGACACCUUUGCACAUUGCCUCUCGCCUGGGUAAGACAGAAAUUGUCCAGCUGCUUCUACAACAUAUGGCUCAUCCAGAUGCAGCCACGACAAAUGGGUACACGCCAUUGCACAUCUCUGCCAGGGAAGGCCAGGUAGAUGUGGCAUCAGUCCUCUUGGAAGCAGGAGCAGCCCACUCCUUAGCUACCAAGAAGGGUUUUACUCCCCUGCAUGUAGCAGCCAAGUAUGGAAGCCUCGAUGUGGCAAAACUCCUCUUACAACGCCGGGCUGCCGCAGAUUCUGCCGGGAAGAACGGCCUUACCCCGCUCCACGUUGCUGCUCAUUAUGACAACCAGAAGGUAGCAUUGCUGUUACUGGAGAAGGGCGCUUCCCCGCAUGCCACGGCCAAGAAUGGCUAUACUCCUUUACAUAUUGCUGCCAAGAAGAAUCAAAUGCAGAUAGCUUCCACGCUCCUGAACUAUGGAGCAGAGACUAACAUUGUAACAAAACAAGGAGUAACCCCACUCCACCUGGCCUCACAGGAGGGGCACACAGAUAUGGUCACCUUGCUUCUGGAUAAGGGAGCCAAUAUCCACAUGUCAACCAAGAGUGGACUCACGUCUUUACACCUUGCAGCCCAGGAAGAUAAAGUGAAUGUUGCUGACAUUCUUACUAAGCACGGGGCUGACCAGGAUGCUCACACAAAGCUUGGUUACACCCCUUUAAUUGUGGCCUGUCACUAUGGAAAUGUGAAAAUGGUCAACUUUCUUCUGAAGCAGGGUGCAAACGUCAACGCAAAAACCAAGAACGGCUACACGCCUUUGCACCAGGCCGCCCAGCAGGGCCACACGCACAUCAUCAACGUCCUGCUGCAGCACGGGGCCAAGCCCAACGCCACCACCGCGAAUGGCAACACCGCCUUGGCGAUUGCUAAGCGUCUGGGCUACAUCUCCGUGGUCGACACCCUGAAGGUUGUAACGGAGGAGGUCACCACCACCACCACGACUAUCACUGAAAAACACAAGCUAAAUGUUCCUGAGACGAUGACUGAGGUUCUUGAUGUUUCUGAUGAAGAAGGUGAUGACACAAUGACAGGCGAUGGGGGAGAAUACCUUAGGCCCGAGGAUCUGAAAGAACUGGGUGAUGACUCGCUACCCAGCAGUCAGUUCCUGGAUGGUAUGAAUUACCUGCGAUACAGCUUGGAGGGAGCACGAUCUGACAGCCUCCGAUCCUUCAGUUCCGACAGGUCUCACACCCUGAGCCAUGCCUCUUACCUGAGGGACAGUGCCAUGAUUGACGACACAGUUGUCAUCCCCAGCCACCAGGUGUCAACUCUAGCCAAGGAGGCAGAAAGGAAUUCUUACCGUCUCAGCUGGGGCACUGAGAACUUAGACAACGUGGCUCUUUCUUCCAGCCCUAUUCAUUCAGGUUUCCUGGUUAGUUUUAUGGUGGAUGCUCGAGGUGGCGCUAUGCGAGGAUGCAGACACAAUGGGCUCCGUAUCAUUAUUCCACCUCGGAAAUGUACGGCCCCAACUCGAGUCACCUGCCGCCUGGUCAAACGCCAUAGACUGGCAACAAUGCCUCCAAUGGUGGAAGGAGAAGGCCUGGCCAGUCGCCUGAUCGAAGUCGGACCUUCUGGUGCUCAGUUCCUUGGUAAACUUCACCUGCCAACGGCCCCUCCCCCACUUAAUGAGGGAGAAAGUUUGGUCAGCCGCAUCCUUCAGCUGGGGCCUCCUGGAACCAAAUUCCUUGGGCCCGUGAUCGUGGAGAUCCCUCAUUUUGCUGCCCUUCGAGGAAAGGAGCGGGAACUGGUGGUCCUACGCAGUGAGAACGGGGACAGCUGGAAAGAGCAUUACUGUGAAUACACUGAAGAUGAGUUGAAUGAAAUUCUUAAUGGCAUGGAUGAAGUGCUGGAUAGCCCGGAAGACCUAGAAAAGAAGCGAAUCUGCCGCAUCAUCACCCGCGACUUCCCACAGUACUUUGCAGUGGUGUCUCGCAUCAAACAGGACAGCAACCUGAUUGGCCCAGAGGGAGGCGUGCUGAGCAGCACUGUGGUGCCCCAGGUGCAGGCCGUCUUUCCAGAGGGGGCGCUAACCAAGAGGAUCCGUGUGGGCCUACAGGCUCAACCUAUGCACAGUGAGCUGGUUAAGAAGAUUCUAGGCAACAAAGCUACCUUCAGCCCUAUAGUCACUUUGGAACCUAGAAGAAGAAAAUUCCACAAACCAAUUACCAUGACCAUUCCUGUCCCUAAAGCUUCAAGUGAUGUCAUGUUGAAUGGUUUUGGGGGAGAUGCACCAACCUUGAGAUUACUAUGCAGCAUAACAGGUGGAACCACUCCUGCACAAUGGGAAGAUAUUACAGGAACUACGCCAUUAACAUUUGUCAAUGAAUGUGUUUCCUUUACAACCAAUGUGUCUGCCAGGUUCUGGCUGAUAGAUUGUCGACAAAUCCAGGAAUCUGUUACCUUUGCAUCACAAGUGUAUAGAGAAAUUAUCUGUGUACCGUAUAUGGCCAAAUUUGUUGUGUUUGCCAAAUCACACGACCCCAUUGAAGCCAGGUUGAGAUGUUUCUGCAUGACUGAUGAUAAAGUGGAUAAGACCCUAGAACAACAAGAAAACUUUGCUGAGGUGGCCAGAAGCAGGGAUGUAGAGGUUCUAGAAGGAAAACCCAUCUAUGUUGAUUGUUUUGGCAACCUGGUGCCAUUAACCAAGAGUGGCCAACAUCAUAUCUUCAGUUUUUUUGCCUUCAAAGAAAACCGACUUCCUCUCUUUGUCAAGGUACGUGACACGACUCAGGAACCUUGCGGGCGACUAUCGUUUAUGAAAGAGCCAAAAUCCACAAGAGGCCUGGUGCAUCAAGCUAUUUGCAACUUAAACAUCACCCUGCCGAUUUAUACAAAGGAAUCAGAGUCAGAUCAAGAACAGGAAGAAGAGAUCGAUAUGACAUCAGAAAAAAAUGAUGAGACAGAAUCUACAGAAACAUCUGUCCUGAAAAGUCACCUGGUUAAUGAAGUUCCUGUCCUAGCCAGUCCGGACUUGCUCUCUGAAGUUUCUGAGAUGAAACAAGAUUUGAUCAAAAUGACCGCCAUCUUGACCACAGAUGUAUCUGAUAGGGCAGGUUCUAUCAAGGUGAAGGAGCUGGUGAAGGCUGCUGAGGAAGAGCCAGGAGAGCCUUUUGAAAUUGUUGAAAGAGUUAAAGAGGACUUAGAGAAAGUGAAUGAAAUCCUGAGAAGUGGAACCUGCGCGAGAGAUGAAGGCAGUGUGCGAAGGUCUCAGUCGGAGAGAGAAUUAGAGGAAGAGGAAUGGGUGAUUGUCAGUGAUGAGGAAAUAGAGGAGGCUAAGCUAAAAGCACCUUUAGAAAUCACCGAAUACCCAUGUGUAGAAGUUAGAAUAGAUAAAGAACACAACGUCAAAGUAGAGAAAGACUCAACUGGGCUAGUGAACUACCUUACUGAGGAUCUAAAUUCCUAUGUGUCUCCUCAUGAAAGGCCACUGCAGACAGUUCAAGAGAUAGCAGGGGAGAAACGUGAGGCUCUGGCUACUGGCAGGAGCUCUGAAAAUGAAGGGAAAGAUGCAACCCCAGAUGAGACACAAAGUGCACAGAAACAGCACAAACCGAGCCUGGGAAUAAAGAAGCCAGUGAGAAGGAAAUUAAAAGAAAAACAAAAACAAAAAGAGGAAAGUGUACAAGGUAGUGCAGAAAAAAGUGAACUUAAAAAAUGUAGUUCAGAAGAGUCGUUAGAUGAAGAUGCAGGUUUAGCCCCCGAGCCCCUUCCCACUGUAAAGGCCACUUCACCUUUGAUAGAAGAAACUCCCAUUGGUUCCAUAAAGGACAAAGUAAAGGCCCUUCAGAAACGAGUGGAAGAUGAACAAAAAGGUCGAAGCAAGUUGCCAGUCAGAGUCAAAGGUAAGGAAGAUGUGCCAAAAAAGGUAACCCACAGGACACAUCCAGCUGCAUCACCCUCUCAGAAGUCAGAGAGGCAUGUACUGGCAUCACCCUCCUCUAAAACAGAAAGACACUCUUCUCUUUCCUCCUCUACAAAAACUGAGAGGCAUCUUCUGGUAUCACCGUCAAGUAAAGCUGAGAAGCACUCACCUGUGUCCCCCUCUGCAAAAACUGAAAGGCAUUCCCCUGUGUCAUCAAGUAAAACCGAGAAACACUCACCUGUGUCACCCUCGACAAAAACGGAAAGGCACUCCCCUGUGUCAUCUACAAAAACAGAAAGACACCCACCUAUUUCACCUUCGGGUAAAAUGGACAAACGCCCACCUGUAUCGCCCUCUGGGAGAACGGAGAAACAUGCACCAGGAUCACCUGGGAGAACAGAAAAACGCUUGCCUGUGUCACCAGCUGGACGAAUGGAAAAGCAUCCACCUGUAUCAACCUCUGGGAAAACUGAGAAGCACCUGCCUGUGUCCCCUUCUGGGAAAACAGAAAAGCUACCACCUGUAUCCCCCACCUCAAAAACAGAAAGAAUUGAGGAGACAAUGUCUGUCCGGGAGUUGAUGAAAGCUUUCCAGUCAGGUCAGGACCCAUCUAAACAUAAGACUGGACUCUUUGAGCACAAGUCAGCAAAACAAAAGCAGCCACAAGAAAAAGGCAAAGCUCGGGUAGAAAAAGAAAAGGGGCAGAUGCUAAACCACAGAGAAACACAGAAAACCGAGAGUCAGAUGAUCAAACGAGGCCAGAGAUUUGUGGUAACAGGAGUUUCCGAAUCCAAAAGAGCAGUCCGUGCUUCCUCCGUAGGGUUUAAGAGAGAAGAUCUAGUUAUAGAGAAGGCGAAAGCUCUUAGCCACAAAACACCUGAACCCGUUCAGUCAGCACCAGAAGAAGACAGCCAUAAAGAGAGUGAAGUUCCCAAAGAAAAGCUGACUGAUGAACAGGGAGACAUGGAUCUCCAGAUCAGCCCAGACAGGAAAACCUCCACUGACUUUUCUGACGUCAUUAAGCAAGAAUUGGAAGACAAUGACAAAUACCAACAAUUCCGAAUGAGUGAGAAGACAGAAGAAGUACAGCUUCACUUAGAUCAAGUACUUACUAGUCCUUUCAACACAACAUUUCCACUAGAUUACAUGAAAGAUGAAUUUCUCCCGGCUCUGUCUUUACAAAGUGGUGCUUUGAAUGGCAGUUCUGAGAGCCUCAAGCCUGAAGGGGUGGCAGGUUCUCCAUGUGGCAGCCUGAUGGAAGGGACCCCUCAGAUUAGUUCCGAAGAAAGCUAUAAGCAUGAGGGCCUCGCAGAGACCCCUGAGACAAGCCCAGAAAGCCUUUCUUUCUCACCGAAGAAAAGUGAGGAACAAAUUGGGGAAAUAAGUGGAACGACCAAGUCAGAAACACCAACAGCAGUUCCUUCAGAAAAAGACCAUCCCUCAAUCAAAGACAUCACUGAUGGUUCUGAAGAGCAAGGUGCCAUAGUCACUGAAGGCACGGAGUCCUCAGCUGAGUGUUUGCUGAAGGAGGCCACCCUAGACCCUUCCAAAGAUACACGCCCCGAGCAAGAAGAUGAUUCCCUUGGCAGCUGUAGUGUGUUACUAGCAAAAGAAACACCCAAAGGAUUGACUGAGGAAGCAUUCUCUGAUGAGGGUCAACUUACGAAAGUUGGUUCAGCCCACAAAACCCACACUGAUACUGAAGCUCAGAAAUCCACAACCACUGAGCCCUCAGAUGAGACAAAGGCCUCUCCACAGCCCGAAGCUUGUGUAAAGACAGGCACAGGAACUGAAUCAAAGCCCCAGGGAGUUGCUAGAAGUCCCCAGGGGUUAGAACUUGCACUCCCUAGCCGAGAUAGUGAGGUCCUCAGCCCUGGUGCUGAUGAAUCCUUUGCAGUGAGCCACAGAGACUCCCUGGAAGCCAGCCCUGUGCUGGAGGAUAACUCCUCACACAAAACGCCAGAUUCUCUGGAGCCAAGUCCUCUGAAAGAAUCCCCUUGCCGUGACUCUCUUGAAAGCAGCCCUGUGGAACCAAAGAUGAAGGCUGGAGUUCUCCCAAGUCACUUCUCUCUUCCUGCAGCCAUAGCCAAAACAGAACUCUUUACGGAAGUGGCCUCUGUGCGGUCCCGGCUGCUCCGAGACCCGGAUGGCAGUGCCGAGGACGACAGUGUUGAGCAGACGUCACUGGUAGAGAGCUCAGGGAAGAGCCCCCUUUCUCCUGACACCCCCAGCUCGGAAGAAAUUAGCUAUGAGGUCACACCCAAAGCCACAGAUGCAAGCACACCCAAACCAGCUGUAAUUCACGAAUGUGCAGAGGAGGAUGACUUGGAAAAUGGGGAGAAAAGGAGAUUCACACCUGAAGAGGAAAUGUUUAAAAUGGUAACCAAAAUCAAAACGUUUGAUGAACUUGAACAAGAAGCAAAGCAGAAAAGGGACUACAAGAAAGAACCCAAGCAAGAAGAAUCUUCUUCAUCCUCUGACCCAGAUGCUGACUAUUCAGCAGAUGUGGAUGAACCAAAACAGAUGGAGAGUGUCGAGGAUGAAAGCGAUGUCCCUGUGGUAGUAACAUCGGAGAGCAGAAAGGCUUCUUCCUCCUCCGAGAGUGAACCUGAGUUGGCACAGCUGAAAAAAGGUGCUGACGCAGGCCUCUUACCAGAGCCAGUUAUUCGGGUGCAGCCUCCUUCCCCACUUCCAUCCAGCGUAGACUCCAAUUCUAGUCCUGAAGAAGUACAAUUUCAACCCAUCGUUUCCAAACAAUACACUUUCAAAAUGAAUGAAGAUAGUCAAGAAGAGUCAGGUAAAUCAGAAGAAAAAGAUCGUGAAUCCCAUGUACCUGAAGAGAGUCCUACUGUUUCUACUAACGGCCCAGAUAUGUCUUAUGAUGAUCUGAACGGAGAUGCUGAGCAACCAGAAGUCUGUGAAGGCCAUAGGUGUGGGACCGGAAGUCCCAGCAGCUCAGUCACUCCUAUACCUUCAGGUCUCUACAGCUCCCCCAGGGAAGAUGCCAUCGAGCAACUAGCUAUCCAUGAGGAAUCAGUACCUCUGCAAGACACUGAUGAAAAAGACACCAAAGGAGAAGAGCUUGAUGUUUCUCGAGUGGAAUCUCUACAGGUAGAUUGCCCCAGUGAAAGCUCUUCAUCUUUGUCCUCCUUGCCUCACUGUCCAGCCUCUGAAGGACAAGAAUUAGAUGAAGACAUAUCCCCUCUCUCUUCUGCUACAAAAAGGGAGGACACCAAAACCGACCAGGCUUUUGAGAGCUUACUGAAGGACUAUGCCACUCAAGACUCACCGAUUACUACUCAAACAGAUAAAUUGUACAUGGAUGUUCCAGUGUCUGACCCGGCUGAAACUGAUGAAAUCUACGAUCCUCAAAUAAUAAGCCCUUAUGAAAAUGUUCCUUCCCAAUCUUUUUUCUCCAGUGAAGAAAGCAAAACCCAAACGGAUGCAGGACACACAAGUUUUCACUCUUCGGAAGUGUGUUCUGUUACCAUCACAUCCUCUGUUGAAGACGUGGUGGUAACCAGCUCCUCCAAUAGAACUGUUUCAAGCCAAGAAUCUAAUUUUGAGGACCAAAACAUGGAAAAAGAAUCCAAACAAGAAAGCACCUCAUGGGAAAAGCAAUCAGAUCAAGCCCCUUCAUCUUUACAGCCUUCUGUACCAAAUACAUCAGCAGUUGUUAGGGACCAAAUCAGCAAAGUCAUCAUCACAAAAACUGAUGUGGAUUCGGAUUCCUGGAGUGAAAUCCGUGAGGAUGAUGAAGCCUUUGAAGCUCGAGUGAAAGAGGAAGAACAAAAGAUAUUUGGUUUGAUGGUAGACAGACAAUCACAGGGUACCACCCCUGACACUACUCCGGCAAGGACCCCAACUGAAGAGGGGACCCCAACCAGUGAGCAAAACCCAUUUCUCUUUCAGGAAGGAAAAUUGUUUGAGAUGACCCGAAGUGGUGCCAUCGAUAUGACCAAAAGGUCCUAUGCCGAUGAAAGUUUUCACUUUUUCCAAAUUGGGCAAGAAUCCAGGGAAGAGACUCUCUCUGAAGACAUGAAAGAAGGGAGUCCUGGGGCUGAGCCCCCACAACGGGAGACAUCAGCUGAGUCACUAGCUCUCUCAGAAUCAAAAGAAACAGUGAGUGAGGAAGCAUACUUAAUUCCAGAUGACCUGAGUGAGGAAGCAGAGGAAAUACCUGCUUCAGAUGCUCAACUUAACACCCACAUGGGGAACUCAACCUCCAUUGAAACAUCACCAAAAGAGGCUCUUUCUGAAGGUGCCGAGGACCUCCUCACCACACAAAUGGGUGAUACGCCUCCUAAAUCUAGUGUGAAAGAUCCAUCUUGCCCUGACCCCCCUGAAUCAGUUGUACACAUUCAGUUAGAUUUUUCCGCAGUUACCAGGUCUGUGUAUUCAGAUCGGGAGGAUGAUUCUCCUGAUUCUUCCCCAGAGGAACAGAAAUCAGUAAUUGAAAUCCCUACUGCACCCAUGGAGAAUGUGCCUUCUACUGAAAGCAAAUGCAAAAUUCCUGUAAGGACUAUACCCACAUCAACCCCAGCACCCCUAUCCGUGGAGUAUGAGAAUUCCCUUUCUGAAGAUUUCUUACCCAGCCUGGAUGAGGAAAGUAAAGAGGAUGAAACAAAACCAAAGUCUAAAAUCCCCGUGAAAGCCCCUGUCCAAAGAGUAGAGCAGCAGCUUUCACAUCUAGAUUCAUCUCUCCAGAAAAUAGUGGCUCCUCAGGGUCAGGACAUGACAAGCAGAACACCAGAUAGUGGAAGCAAAUCUGAAUCUGAUGCCAGUGCUUUGGACUCAAAGACCAAAUGUCCAGUAAAAACCAAAAGUUACACUGAGACAGAAACAGAGAGCAGAGAGAGGACAGAGGAGCUGGAGUUAGAAUCAGAAGAGGUGGCCACCAGACCAAAGAUAUUUACAUCCCGAUUGCCAGUUAAGAGCAAAAGCACCACAUCUUCCUGCAAAGGCGCUGUGAGCCCUACAAAAGAAAGUAAGGAGCAUUUCUUUGACCUUUACAGGAACUCCAUAGAAUUCUUUGAGGAGAUUAGUGAUGAGGCUUCCAAGUUAGUGGAUAGACUUACACAGUCAGAAAGGGAGCAAGACUUAGUUUCAGAUGAUGAAAGUAGUAGUGCCCUGGAAGUUUCAGUAAUUGAAAAUCUGCCACCUGUUGAGACCGAGCAUUCAAUUCCUGAGGACAUCUUUGACACAAGGCCUAUUUGGGAUGAGUCCAUUGAGACUCUGAUUGAACGCAUCCCUGAUGAAAAUGGCCAUGACCAUGCUGAAGAUCAACAGGAUGAGCAGGAACGGAUCGAAGAAAGGCUGGCUUAUAUUGCUGAUCAUCUUGGCUUCAGCUGGACAGAAUUAGCAAGAGAACUGGAUUUCACUGAGGAGCAGAUUCAUCAAAUUCGAAUUGAGAACCCUAACUCCCUCCAAGACCAGAGCCAUGCACUAUUGAAGUACUGGCUAGAAAGGGAUGGCAGGCAAGCUACAGAUACCAAUCUCAUUGAAUGUCUCACCAAGAUCAACCGAAUGGAUAUUGUUCAUCUCAUGGAGGCCAGCACAGAGCCUCUCCAAGAGCGCAUCAGUCAUAGCUAUGCAGAAAUUGAACAGACGAUUGCACUGGAUCAUAGUGAAGGGUUCUCAGUCCUUCAGGAGGAGCUAUGCACUGCACAGCAUAAGCAGAAAGAGGAGCAAGCUGCUUCUAAAGAGAGCGAGUCCUGCGAUCACCCUCCCAUUGUCUCAGAGGAAGACAUUUCUGUUGGUUAUUCCACUUUUCAGGAUUACAUCCCCAAAGCUGAGGGGGACAGCUCAGCAACAGAGCUCUUUCCCCAAACUCACAAGGAGCAAGUUCAACAGGAUUUCUCAGGGAAAAUGCAAGACCGGCCUGAAGAGUCAUCUCUUGAGUGUCAGCAGGAGUACUUUGUGACAACCCCAGGGACGGAAGUGUCAGAGACUCAAAAGGCUACGGCUGUAUCUGGCUCUCCCAGCAAGACCCCUGAGGAAAUUAGGACCCCUCCUGAGGAGGAGAGGCCAUACCUCCAGACCCCAACAUCUAGUGAGCAGGGAGACUCUCCCAUCAUACAAGAACCCGAAGAGCCCCCAGAACACGGGGAGGAGAGUUCUCAGAAAACCAGCCUUGUGAUAGUGGAGUCUGCUGAUGACCAGCCACAGGCCCUUGAAAGACUCGAUGAAGAUGCAGCUUUCCAUAAGGGAGAUGAUAUGCCUGACAUACCCCCGGAAACAGUCACAGAAGAAGAAUACAUUGAUGAGCAGGGACACACUGUGGUCAAGAAGGUCACUAGGAAAAUCAUUAGGCGGUACGUAUCCUCUGAUGGCACAGAGAAAGAGGAGGUUACAAUGCAGGGAACGGCCCAGGGACCCAUCAGCAUUGAGGAAGGAGAUGGCUAUUCCAAAGUCAUGAAGCGCAUUGUAUUAAAGAGUGACACCGAACAGUCAGAGGUAACUUUGUCUGAGCCCAGCAUUUUGUCCAGUACCUCACAAUUUCAGGCUGAACCAGUGGAAGGCCGUAGAGUCAGCAAAGUUGUUAAAACAACUAUGGUACAUGGAGAGAGGAUGGAGAAACAUCUGGGUGAUUCUAGUUUAGCCACUGAUCUUCCUUCAGCCAAAGAUGACUUUGAAGAGGACAACAAUGAGUAAAGCCAGUACACAGAAGAGGGCUGUGGUGAAGGAUCAGCAUGGAAAACGCAUUUACUUGGAGCACCUGGAGGAUGUACCAGAAGCACUAGACCAAGAUGACCUCCAGCGCGACCUCCAGCAACUCCUUCGGCAUUUCUGCAAGGAGGACUCAAAGCAAGAGGCCAAAUGAGGGGCUGCCCAGUCCUCACACCAGAAACCACACAUUCACUCAAUAUGCAACUUCCCGUUUCAUUAGCAGAGUGACCUACCCGGCCUAAUGGGAUACCCUGACACUUCCACUUUUAGCAAAUACACACUGCAUUCUGUUUCAGUUUUUCCCCCCGUCCUCUUUAACUGUAAGCUAAUUUGUGACCAAAGAUAGCAUCCUUCAGUCUGGAUGCUGUAUCCACUACUUUGUUGUGUCUGUGCUAAAUUGAGAACUGGCCACCUCCAUCGUUCUUUGCUCCUGAACAAACUCCAUGAAAAUCCAUCGAUCAGAAGAACUUCACCUACAGACCUCUUCAAGUGAUGAUACCUAGGAGUCCUCCCGAGGGAUAUCCUUGUACCAUGUAUAUAGCUCAAAUGCUCAGAUGAACAACAUAUUAAAAUUAAAACCACUGCCUAUCAUAACUACACUGGGCAUCAUGGAAUAAAAGGCCUCUAGAAAUUGCUGAACAAUGGUUAAUUAAGAUAUUGCUAACACAAUCGAAUGAUAAUACAGUUCUACCGCAAAAGAAGCACUUCAGACCUACCGUGUCCUUAGAACUUCCAGAGUAGCCAUUGCUCCUAGUUAAAGAUGGGUUAAUAACCUCAAGGAACUAUCCUAACUAAGCACUUAAUGCUGGUGCUGGCCAGCCUUGAUUUAUGAUUCUCCAACAGCCACACGAGGGAGGGGAGAAGGGGGGAGCAGUAGGCAAAAGGAACAAAACAAUGAGGUAUUCAGCUGCUAGCAGCCACAUCCUGUGGCAUUCUAGCAUCUUCAGGUCUUUUAGAUUUUGGACACAUUGGCAGGGUAUUUUAAAAGCUAUAACUACUGUAGUUUUCCAGUUUUCAUUGCUGCUUUAGCAAACCACGCUGUCUUAUUGGUGGUACUUUCUUCUGGCCACUGCACUGUAGAUAAUUCAUUGGAAACAAGAUUUACCCACUACGCAAAAGGUUAAACUCCUUCACCAUGUUGGAGUGGUUCUCCCCCGCCCCGGGUUUAUAUCUUCUCUAAUACCUGCAUGUAGCAUUUAAAAAUCAAAACCACAGUCAAAACUCCUCUUCUAAUCACACUGAUGGUUUUCAUUCUUUUGACCCUGAGCAAGCACUUUUCACUUUCUGCUAGGUCUGUUUUUUAGCUUGCAGACAAGGUUGAGAAAUCCUUACAAAUUUGGUUUUGGUUAAAAUUUUUGAUUUAUUUAUUUGAAAUCCAAACUCCCUUGGAAACUCUUAAGUGCAUUUGUGCACUUUUUUGUUUGUUUCAGAGAAGGAACUUUAAUCAUCUGAGUGAUUUCCAUGUCCUAUUCCUUAUUCCUCUAGUGGUUGAAGCUGUGUAGCAUUUUAACAUAUAUAUAUAUUCACAAAUAUAUUCAUAUAAACAAUAUACAUUUCGAAUCAGUUAUUUGUUAAAGAAAAGUAUAUUCAAUGAAGAUGAAAUUUAAAAAAAAAAAAAGUCUAUCCUCCAGGGAUUGAACAUUUUCCAAUUCUAUCUGGUCUUUUCCUGUUGUGCAAAAAUGACUCAUUGCUCCGAAUGUCAAAAACAAAUGUGACAAACAAUGGCACUUCAUCAUUUCAAGCAAUGUUGCCAAGGGAGAAAAUUUCCUGGGAGGGAGGUUUCCCACAAGCCAAAUCUCUUAAAGCCUCAAAUGCUAGCACUUUCUGGCAGUUGGAUAGGAAAUAAAGCUUUCUUUGGCAGCCAAAAUGAGAGAGGCUCAUGGUGAAACUUUUUGAGACACACCAUGGCCUUCUUGUCAAAACCUUCACUGGAGCUCAAGAAAAGCAUUUCUGUUGUGUUAUUUGCAGUGCAGAUGAUGUCUGUGUAACAACAUAAUGGUUAUUCACCUUUUUUUGAUUUUUGAUUUUUGCUGUGUAAUCAAAAAACUUGAAUACUGUGAGAAGAAGUGAAUUUUCAGUUGAUGAAUCAGCAUCUUGUUCCCAUGGUGAUAACACUAAUUGAAUAUAUCUAUGAGGGCAUGUAUUAGUUAAUGGAAAAAAAAAAUACAACACUAACAAUACAUAGCUGCAAUGUGUACAAUGGCUGAUUUAAUUAAAUAAAAUGUACAAGUGUUAAAUGUGG